AUGGAGCCCGUCAGCUUUGCAGUCGGACUCAUAGGACUAGCAGGUCUUUUUAGUACUUGCUUGGACGCAGUUGGCAGAUUCGAUUCAUGGAAAGACUACGAUUCCGAGUUUGCUUCUCUUGUUGCCCAAUUCAAAGCUCAAAAACUUCGACUCAUAAGGUGGGGUCUGGCCGUGGGUCUGGAAGACGACGAAAUCUCAUAUGAGCACAACGCCCUUCUUGAUGAUCCAAAGAUCGAGUCAACUGUUAAAGAUGUCCUCUUCGCAAUCGACGCUGUUUGCCGUGAUGAGGAUAAAGCGUUUCUGACAUCGAAGCUGGGGAAAGACGAAGCACCCACCAAAGACCAACUAUUUCACCGCCAAGCUCCCCGCGAAUCUAAACGCCAAAAACUUGGAUGGGUGCUGAGAACUAAAGCUAAGCGAAUAGCUCAAGUUGAUCGAUUCUCCAAAUUGGUAGAGACUCUUCAUGACUUGGUGCCGAUCGAGAAUCCACAGGGAUAUAAAGGCAGAAAGCCGACUGGUGAUGAGUAUAGACGAGAUCUACACGAAUGGCUGCUCGGCUCUACCUCUACGAACGAUCUGUACGAGAUAUUUUCUCAGAGAAAAAUUGAAGGGACUUGCGAGUGGGUUUUGGGUCAGCCCUGGUUCCUCGACUGGACCUCGCCGGACUUCCCAACUGGAGGUGCUAAGAUCCUCUGGAUCAAUGGUCGUGCAGGAUUUGGGAAGUCGGUCAUAUGUGCGAGAGUCAUUGACUAUCUUUCUUCCAAUUCGAAGGACCCCGUUGCUCAUUUCUUUUUCUCAUCCGACUUUGAAAGCAGAAGGGACCCAUUUAUCGCGAUCAGAUCAUGGCUGUCCCAGUUGAUUCGUCACCCUGUCUUUUUUUCUUUGGCCCGCGAGAAAUUGACAACGCAACAAGGACAGAAAGCAACUCGUGGCAAUACACUAGAGCUUCUACGUGAUCUCGUCAUGGAGAUACCGCGGUGCACAUUUAUUCUGGAUGGUCUCGAUGAGUGUAGAUGGAUUGGACAGGACCCUAACUCCAACGAUGGCGCUUCGAUUGUUGAAUUUCUAGAGGCAUUGAGACGAGCAAUCGCUGGGACAUCUACUCGCAUUCUGAUUGUUAGUCGUGCUGAGCCAGAGAUCCAGACUUGUCUUUUUAACGAGGCUGGUAUCAAUGAUAUUGUCAUCCAGCACAGUAUUACACCCGAGGAUGUUCGGUCCGAUCUCGAGAUGUUUUCCCGAAGCAUAGUGAACAAACAAUUAUCAACAAAGACAGAAACGACCAAGGAAGAUAUUGCCCAGAAACUGGCUGAACGCUGUAAUGGACAGUUCCUUUGGGUCCAGAUGCAGGAACGUCAGCUGCGUAGUGGGAAAAGCCAAAAACAACUCGAAAAAGCGAUCAAUUCCACCCCCCUGGCCUUGACAAGACAUACGACCGAGAAUGGAUGGGAAUCUCGAAUCUUUCAGAGGAUGACCGAGAACGAACCAUCUCCUUGUUACGAUGGGCCGCGUUUGCUCUUCGACCGCUUUCAAUUCGAUGAGGUCCCGGACAGCAUCAGCGAGAGCUAUAUUAAAACAGAAAUAAUGGAACUUUGUGGGUCAUUGAUUGAACUUCGAAGUCCCCAGGCGGAUUGUGAUCCUGGAUCCCGAACAGUACAUUUGGCUCAUUUCUCUGUCAAGGAAUACUUGCUAUGCAAUCUUCCGGUGCAGGGAAGACUAAUACAACUCAACUCGAGCUUGGAAUCUUCUACCGAAGGAAGCGAGAACACUUUAGCUGCUAAGAUGUGUCUUUGUUACGUGGAAUGCGAAGAAGUUUGGCAAGACACCUCUGACGAAGAAAGAAACAAGAUCCUAGGCUCUUUCCUCCACUAUGCCGCUGGAUCAUGGUAUCAGCACGCCUCUUUCGGAGAUGUGCAUGACUCAGAGCUGGUAAAAUUUGUGAACCAGCUUUUUGAUAUCAAAAAUCCAAACUGGGCCUCGUGGAAGAUAUGGUUCGACUUGAAUGAUGAGUCACAAAACUCGUCAGGUGACGAAGAUGACGAAGACACCGAAGACGACGAAGACGAUGGAGAAGACGAAGAAGACGAAGAAGACCAACAAGAGAUAGGGUCUUCCAACAGCAAAGACGAUUCAGAUAUGUCAGUCUCUGAAGACGGACGAACUACACAAACUACCUCCAUGAGCCCUCUGUACUACGCAACAUGGCUUGAUCUGACUGAUACUAUGGACCUCCUCCUUCGAAGCAAAGAAUGCCCCAUUGAUGAGCAAGGAAACUUUGGACGGACGCCAUUAGUAGCAGCCUGUGAAAGAGGAAACCUGGAGGCUGCCAAGAAGCUCCUAAAUAAUGGCGCGAAUCUUGACAUUGCCGGUGAUAAUGAACACACUCCUCUUCACACCGCCGCGUGCAAUGGGCAUGUCGACAUAGUAAGAAUGCUUCUUGAGAAGGGCAACGAAAUCAACAAUGGAUCUGAUGGAUCAAAAGCGCCACUUUAUUGUGCCUGCUUAAACGGUCAUCAUCAGGUAGCUGAAAUUCUUCUGCAAUGGAAACCAGAUAUAAUCACCGCCAAUGGAGGAUGGGUACCCCUUAUUUCUGCUUCCCUCAAUGGAUCUGUAGACAUUGUUCUGCUUCUCAUUGAGAGGGGGGCAGAUGUCAACGUCCUAGAUAAUGAUGGGAAAACACCUCUCUAUAGCGCUUGCCGCGCAGGUCAUAUUGAGGUUGUGCGCAUAUUACUUGACAAAGGGGCAGAUAUUGACUAUCAGAGCCAACAACGAUCAACGGCGAUAGACGUCGCAUCUUAUAAUGGGUAUUUAGACAUUGUUCUGCUCCUUAUUGAGAGAGGGGCGGAUGUCAACGUCAUGGAUAAGAUCGGAGACACACCUCUCUAUAGCACUUGCUACGAAUAUCAUAUGGAUGUUAUGCGCCUACUUCUUGAUAGAGGGGCAGAUGUUGAUCUCACAGACAAGGAUGGAAACACACCUCUUCAUAGCGCUUGCUACGACGGCCACAUUGAGGCUGUGCGCCUAUUGCUUGAUAGGGGGGCAGAUUUCAACGUCCUAGAUAGGAAUGGGGACACACCUCUCUAUAUCGCUUGCUUUAAAGGUCACGUUGAGGUUUUGCGUCUAUUGCUUGAUAAAGGGGCAGAUUGCAACGUCUUGGAUAAGAAUGGGGACACAAUUCUCUAUAACGCUUGUCUUAGAGGUCAUAUUGAGGUCGUGCGCCUAUUGCUUGACAAAGGGGCAACCGUCAACUAUCAGAAACAACAAAUAUCAACGGCGAUAGAUAUCGCGUUAUACCGAAGAUCUAUGGACAUUGUUCUACUUCUUAUGGAAAGCGGAGCAGAUGUUGGCACCCCGAAUAAGGAUGGGAGCACACCACUUCAUAGCGCUUGCUACGACGGCGAUAUUGAAGCUGUGCACCUAUUGCUUGAUAAAGGGGCAAAUUUCAACGUCAUAGAUAAGAAUGGGGACACACCUCUCUAUAGCGCUUGUCUUGGAGGUCAUAUUGAGGUUGUGCGCCUAUUGCUUGAUCAAAAGACAGCUAUUAACUAUCAGAACCAACAAAUAUCAAGGGUAAUGGGUAUCGCGUCGUAUCAAGGGUUUGUGGACAUCGUUCAACUUCUUAUUGAAAGAGGAGCAGAUAUUCACGUCAGGGAUGAGGAUGGGGACACACCUAUUUAUACCGCUUGCCUUAGAGGUCACACCGAGGUUGCUAGAAUCCUCAUUACCAAGGGAGCAGACCUUGAAGUUACGGAUAGUAUUGGCUUCACACCGCUGAGCAUCGCUUGUGAGCUAGGCUUUUUGGAGGUCAUUACUGUACUGCUUGAGAAGGGAGCAGCGAUUGAAAGCGCGGAUUUUGACAACAGAACGCCCCUUCAUAUAGCCUCCUUGGAGGGCCACCUGGAAGUUGCCAAUCUGUUGCUCGAGAAGGGGGCAAGCAUUACUAGCGCGACCAAGUCUGGUAUGACGUCUUUACAUGCUGCUAUCCUUGGUGGCUCCCUAGAGCUUGUCAAUCUUUUGCUUGAGAAGGGAGCGGCUCUAAAAAAUGUGACGAAAGAUGGCCUCACACCUUUACAUCUUGCUUUAUUGAUUGACUCACUCGAUACUGUCAAUCUGUUGCUCGAUAAAGGAGCGGACAUUGAAAGUGUGGAUAUCCGUCUGGGGACUCCGCUACAUACAGCUUCAACCUCUAGUCAUCUGGAUGUUGUUAAUCUGCUGUUAGAGAGGGGCGCAGCCGUUGAGAGGGGGAAUUUUGAUGACAGGACGCUCUUACGUUAUGUGUCACCACAAGGCCAACUAGAAGUCAUCAACAAUUUCCUUCGUUCUCAAAAGCUCAGGAUUGACAUUCGAGUUGAGAGAGGCCACACGCUACUGUUCUACAUUGUCGCACGAGGAGCCAGAAAAAUGGCGAGACUUCUCCUUCCGCCCCUCUCUCCAAAUGCGAAGGAUCGAUACAGCGUGAUGCGACUGUUAGCCGCUAUGAGAAGCGAAUACGAAGAGAACAUUGAAAAAUUGGCCACGCUAGCAGGGCUACAGUCAAACCUAGAUGGACUUGGCCGAGACUUGAUCUGGUGGGCAAUAGGGACUGGGCGCGGGCGGAUCCUUGGUCUGAUAUGGCAGUGGUGCUACGCACAAAACUUUGGUUAUCAAAGCCCUCAAGCUAGCGACGAUAAGCUAUGGUCUUUGGUCAAUUUGGAGCUGGGGCAGAUUUGCGAUGUGUGUACUCGGCCUAUACUGGGUGAUACUUCAUACCGCAGAUGUGAAGAUUGCAACAAUUUCAACAUUUGCAUCCACUGUGCGGGGUUCAAAGUGACAUGUCAGGAUACUGCCCAUGAGUGGUACUCCCGUGAGCUUGAUGGUUCUGAUAAUGACGAGGAGAAUGAGAAGGAUGAGAAUGGGGAUGACAACUGA